AUGCUCGACGAGUACAUCGAGACACUGCGGCAGUGCAAGUACCUGCCCGAGAAUGACCUCAAGAAACUGUGCCAGAUUGUGAAGGAGCAGCUGCUUGAAGAGUCGAACGUGCAGCCUGUGCAUGCGCCUGUGACGAUCUGCGGCGACAUCCACGGGCAGUUCUACGACCUGCUGGAGCUGUUUGAGACGGGCGGGCCGAUUCCGGAGACGUCGUACAUCUUUAUGGGUGACUACGUCGACCGCGGGUACUACUCGCUUGAGUCGUUCUCGCUUCUUCUUGCGUACAAGGCGCGGUACCCGAACAAGAUCACGCUGCUCCGCGGAAACCACGAGUCGCGGCAGAUCACGCAGGUCUACGGGUUCUACGAUGAGUGCGUGUCCAAGUACGGGUCGUCGAACGCGUGGCGGUUCUGCACGGAGAUCUUCGACUACCUCACGCUUGCCGCCGUGGUGGACGGCAAGAUCCUGUGUGUGCAUGGCGGGCUCUCGCCGGACGUGCGGACGCUCGACCAGAUCCGCACCAUCCACCGGAUGCAGGAGAUCCCGCACGAGGGCGCGUUCUGCGACCUGCUGUGGUCAGACCCGGAGCACAUCGAGACGUGGGCCAUCUCGCCGCGUGGCGCAGGCUGGCUCUUUGGCUCCAAGGUCACCCGUGAGUUCAACCAGAUCAACGGGCUCAACCUCAUUGCGCGGGCGCACCAGCUUGUGCAGGAGGGCUACAAGUUUAUGUUUGAGGAGAACUCACUGGUCACCGUCUGGUCGGCACCCAACUACUGCUACCGCUGCGGCAACGUGGCGUCGAUCAUGCAGGUCGACGACUCGCUCAACACCACGUUCAAGGUCUUUAACGCCGUUCCGGACUCGCAGCGCGUUGUCCCCACACGGACCGCCACGCCGUACUUUAUGUGA